UCAUUACACUUUUACUCACUAACUUUUCAAAAUAGAAUCUACUUUUAGGGACAACAUGAAAAAUGUAUCAACUUUUACCCACUAACUUUACAAAACAGACACUUGUUAAGAGACAGCUCAAAAUGAAAUACUAAACUUUAAAAAGGAAACGGAAGGAGUAUCAAAAUGCAGGUAAAGUAUCUCCCUGUAUCAUUUGUAUUGUCAGCCUGAUGCAUAUCUCAUACCAAAAAAGAUAUAUGAACACAUCAGCACGGCAUCAUAAAUUAUUGAACUACUAGUGUGCGACAGCCCCAUAAGAUAAGGUUCAGAUUUCUCUCAAUCUCAUUGUCUCACCAGAUAUGGAAGUAACAGCAAGCUCAAUUCUUCUCUCUCUUGCUUUGGCUACUUUCCUAACAUGUGCAUGGAAGGCAGUGAACUGGGUUUGGUUGAGGCCAAAACAGCUAGAGAGGAGACUGAGAGAUCAAGGUUUCAAGGGAAAUCCCUACAGAUUCUUGUAUGGAGACUCCAAAGAUAUCGUCCCAGCGAUCAUAGCAGCAAGAUCCAAACCCAUGGAGGUUAACGACGACGAUAUUGUGCCACGUGUCGUACCGUUCCACCAAUAUUUUGUCAAUCUUCAUGGAACGAAUUACCUUGCGUGGAUGGGACCAACACCAAGGGUAAACAUUACAGAUCCUAAACUGAUAAAGGAGAUCUUCUCAAACACUGAAGUCUUUCAAAAGCCAGUGAUGAAUCCACUUGCCAAAUUUCUAGUGACAGGAAUUCUAACCUACAACGGUGAGAAAUGGGCUACGCACAGAAGCCUUGUUAACCCAGCCUUCCACCUAGAAAAGCUAAAGCUUAUGGUACCAGCAAUGUACUCAAGUUGCUGUGAGAUGAUAAGCAAAUGGGAAGUGUCGGUCUCAACAAAAGGGUCAUGUGAGCUAGACGUAUGGCCUUAUCUUUCUAAUUUGACAGCGGAUGUGAUUUCUCGAACAGCAUUUGGCAGUGACUAUGAGGAAGGAAAACAGAUAUUCGAACUCCAAAAAGAACAAGCUGAUAUUUUGAUGCAACCUUUGCAGUCAAUAUACAUUCCCGGAUGGAGGUUUCUACCAACAAAGACUAACAGGAAGAUAAGAAAAAUAUAUAGUGAAGUGGGAGCUCUAGUGCGGAACAUCAUCAACAAAAGACAGCGAACAAUGAAUGGAGAAGGAGAUAAUGACUUGUUAGGGAUACUGUUGAAAUCAAAUUUGAAAGCUACUGAUCAAGAACUAGGAAGCAAGAACAACAAGAUGACAGUUGAAGAUAUAAUUGAGGAGUGCAAGCUAUUUUACCUUGCCGGGCAAGAAACCACCUCGGUUUUGCUUGUUUGGACAAUGGUCCUGUUGAGUAAGCAUCAAAAGUGGCAAGCCCUAGCUAGAGAAGAGGUAUUGGCAGUGUUUGGGGAUAACAAACCAGAUUUUGGUGGGUUACAUCAGCUCAAAACUGUAACCAUGAUUCUUAACGAAGUUAUGAGGUUAUACUCACCAGUUGCCUUUCUUACCCGUUACACACAUAAAAACACAAAGCUUGGAGGACUAGUUCUACCAGCUGGAAUAGAGCUUAUGGUGCCGACUAUCGCAAUUCACCAUGAUCCUAAAAUUUGGGGACAAGAUUCAAAAAAGUUCAAGCCGGAGAGAUUUUCUGAAGGAAUUGUGAAGGCAACAAAGGGCCAAGUCACGUUCUUCCCAUUUGGCGGGGGUCCCAGAAUAUGCAUUGGGCAAUACUUUGCACUAGUGGAAGCAAAGAUAGCUUUGGCAAUGAUUUUGAAACACUUCUAUUUCCAGCUGUCUCCAUCCUACGUGCACGCCCCUUCAUUUAUGUUAACGGUCAAACCCCAACAUGGUGCUCAUUUGAUCUUGCAAAAGAUAUUCUAGGGAUUUGAACACUCACAAUAAAAAAGGUAAAGUUGAUGAGGAACUUACCCACUCUUGUGAUGUCUGAAUCUAAGUUCUUGGUCACUGUAAUUUGGGUGGUGUGUAAUUAGAGCCUUCAAUUUUACUUUGUGUCUAGUUAAUCCAAUCCAUAACGGACGUGACUAUUGCUUUAA